GAGGAGUCGAGUUUAACCUGCAUGCCUCCCUACUAUUCCAUCCUUAUACUUUGAACCAUAACCAGGGUCUUUUCCGUGAUCGUAAUGGAUAAUCUGCUUACCUUCAACCUCCGCGUCCCUGUGGGCGUGCAGGUGGUCUCGCACCUAAUCAGCGAGAACACCAUCAUGGAGCAAUUCCUGUUGAUUCUCAGCUCCAGUCUUGGUGGAUGCCGAUACGAGAAGUACCGCAAGGAAAUCGAGGGCUUCACCAAUGGCUCCCUCACGGGACUCGGGCGUCUGGAGCUCCAGAGCGCCCUCGCCCUCUUCGCGGGCAAGGUGGCAGAUCAGAUUCUUGCCGAUUUCGUGCCAGAGCUGUCCGUUCUUCUUGGAAAGAGCCUCCCUGGAGCCGGUGACCUCCCAGCCAUUAGAAACAUGGGCAAUGCCUCGACAGCCACGCCCUCCGAGGCGACCCCGGAGCCCCAGCCCGAACCGGAGCCCGUUGAAGAACCGCCCACGCCUGAAGCAGAGACCAAGAAGCAGCUGAACGAGUUUGCGAGCAAGAACCUGGCUAGCUUCCCGCAGUUCUCCGAGGAGAAAAUUGAACAGAUCACGGAUCAAGCGGCUGCAAGCAUCCAGGGUAUCGCGGCCAAGUCGAACAUUCCCGACGAGGAGAUCCCCAAGGCAGCGCAGUUGGCUUUCUACGACUUUACUAUUCUCUAUGACGACAGCGGCUCCAUGACCACCGAAGCAUCCCGUAUCCCCACGACCCAGGAGACCAUCCGAAGCCUAUACAAGACCGCCAAAACGCUGAACCCGGAUAACUCGUUCUCAGUGCGCUCCUUCGAAGGCUCCAAUCACGACAACGUCAGCUCCGAGUCGGAUCUGUCCGACGUCAUCUCGGGAAUGACCUUCAACACUGGCGCCAGCGUCGCCGCACCGCUCAGAAACAAGAUCCUCGAUCCGCUAUCCAAAGCCGCAGCGGAUAAGACUCUCAACCCAACUGUGGUAGUCAUCAUCACGGACGGAGACCUCGGAAGCAACGUCGUGGAAUUCGGCGCCGGCCUUACCAACUUCAAGGCCCAGCUUGACGCAACCAACAACACUGGACCCGCGGUCCUGUUCGUUCUCUACCGCGUGGGGAACGAUCAGUCUUCCGAGGAGUCUCUGAAGGAGCUGCACACUGCGCCCGGCGCGAAGGAUAUCCUGCUUUACAACCAGGAUAGUAUCGACAGCAAGCUUGAGAGCGUGGGCGGAGAUACUGAUAUUUACGUGGGAACCAUUAUCUCCGACUUGAUUAAGGCUAUGGAUUUGCAGGUUGUUCGCUAGGAUGUAGUAUAGUAUAGUAUAGUAUAGUAUAGUAUAGUAUAGUAUAGUAUAGUAUAGUUCCCGUAGUUAUGUAGUAGGUUAGGCUCCACUGGACUUGUCUUGAGGUACAUAUGUGUGGUCUGGAUGUCGGUCGUU